AUGGCCGAAAGCAAACAUCCCCACAAGGAGGACUCUGUUGAAUUGGAUUUAUCCAAACUUCACCUGCCGCCUGGCACUCGUGAUGUGGACUUGGGGGAAGUGCUGGAAACAAGCGUUAGCGAGGAUGUCGAAAAGAAAGUCCUUCGAAAGCUCGAUCUCUUUCUCAUCCCCCUGAUGGGCAUCUGCUAUAUGCUUCAGUACAUGGACAAAUUGGCCCUCAGCCAAGCGACGCUGUUCAACUUACAGGAAGACUUGGGUCUUCACGGGACGGAGUAUAAUUGGGCGUCGGUGGUGUUUUAUUUCGGAUACUUCGCCUGGAGCUGGCCAAGCUCCUAUCUGAUUGUACGAUUGCCUCUCGGGAAAUAUCUGAGUAUCGCUGUGUUUCUCUGGGGUGGCAUUCUCAUGUGCCAUGCGGCCUGUACUUCUUUCGGGGGCUUGGUGGCAGCACGAUUCUUUCUGGGGGUGGGAGAAGCAUCCGUCGCACCGGGCUUUGCCUUGAUCACCGGAAUGUUCUACAAGCGAAGUGAGCAACCAGCUCGGCAAGCAGCCUGGUUUGCCGGAAACUCGAUCGCCUCAGUCAUUGGCGGCCUUGUUGCUUAUGGAAUCGGGCUGAUCCAGUCCCAUACCGUGAGUAAUUGGCAGCUGCUGUUCUUAAUAUUAGGAGGCAUUACCGCUGCAUACGGACUCGUUCUGUUCGUGUUUUUGCCCGACUCGCCCCUGAAAGUGUUCUUCUUGAACCAAACCGAAAGAAAGGUGGCCCUACAGCGAACUCUGGAGAACAAGACCGGCGUCAUGGACACCGGGAAGUUCCGAUGGAACCAGGUGUGGAUGGCUGCCAAAGAUGCCCAGACCUGGCUCUUGGUCCUUUAUACCCUGUGUGUUAAUUUGUGCAACGGAGGCCUGACCAGCUUCUCCUCAAUCAUCAUUGCUGGCUUCGGUUUCUCCGACCUCAAUGCCCUCCUCAUUCAAAUGCCCAUCGGAGCAGCCCAAUUGGUCUUCCUAUUGAUCACGUCGGCUUUUGCCACGACUGUGAAAUCUAGCAGAAUCUUCAUGAUGAUUCUUAACAGUGCAACCUCCAUGAUUGGCAUGAUUCUCAUCUGGAAAUUGGAUGACGACAACCGUGCUGGGAAGAUGGCGGGUCUCUGUCUGGGCUCGGUGUUCGCGGCCAAUAUCCCGCUUUCCUUGAGCCUCAUCAGCUCUAACGUCGCGGGAUUCACUAAAAAGAGCACGGUCAGCGCCCUGAUGUUUAUCGCAUACUGCAUUGGGAAUGUGGUGGGUCCUCAGUUCUUCAUUCCGUCUGAGAAACCAGGAUAUCCGACCGGUAUAAAGGCCGCCAUGUCUGGAUUGGUUCUGGGAAUCUUCUUCUUGAUGUGUCUACGGGUGUUUUACAUGUGGGAGAAUCGCCGCCGAGAUCGAUUGUAUGGGUCUCCAGCGGACUUGACCUCCGCCGAGGAGCUACAGGACGAGAUUUCCAACAAAACAGAUCAUGAAAUAGAAAGUUUUCGAUACGUUAUGUGA